GACAUGACACUCUGUAAUGUCCAUGGACCACACCCGGGACCCUUGCCCAUGGGUCGCGCUUAGGGACUUUGGAGGCGCUUUCUGCAUGGGGGCAAUUGGAGGAGCUCUCUGGCAUACCGUCAAGGCUUUCCGGAACUCUCCGCAUGGCCAACGACGCAUAAGUGCCAUCGUCGCCCUCAAAACGCGAGCGCCUGUCCUCGGCGGCAACUUUGGAGUCUGGGGUGGGCUCUUCAGCACCUUUGACUGUACUGUAAAAGGCAUCAGAAAAAAGGACGAUCCUUGGAAUCCCAUUCUCGGAGGUUUCUUGACUGGUGGAGCUCUUGCCGUACGAGGCGGUGCAAGAGCUAUCCGCAAUAAUGCUAUCGGGUGCGCCGUUCUUCUUGCCGUGAUCGAAGGCGUAGGCAUCGCUUUUGCUCGCAUUGUAGCUGAGAAUACACGACUCGGGCCACCACCACCACCUUCUCCAACUACUAAUUGCUCGGCCGCAUCAUGAAAUGAGGUCUAUGUCCGACUAAUACACAGGGCAUUUGAACUGUUUCUGGAUUCUUUGGCGUUUAUGUACCAUUAUUUCGGCCGGGAAGAGAACGGGCGGUAGCUUGCGGGAUCGUUUGAGUCAGCAGUGCGUUGAGAGGGCGUUUUAUGUCCUGCAGGGGUGACGGACAUUUCUGGGGUUCCGAGCCCUAAGUACUUUCU